CUCCCGUAGGCGAAGGCUACACGCGCGACCAGGCGUCUCGCGCGAACACCGCGUUCGACCCCCGUGGUUCGUACCUCGAGCCGCGUAACCGCCGCACGAGCGUAGGUCCGGUUCGCCGCGCGCCUUAUCUCGCCCGCCAGGUUUUUAGGUCUCCGCAGGCGCCUGAACGUCUCGCCAGCAGCCGUGGACGUCGGGAAAGGAUCGAACACGCGAUGGCCGCCGCCGCGUCCGUCUCCGGCGCGUGCUCACGCGCGAUCGCCCCGGUCAGCGUCCGCGUCACCUCCCGCGCGCGCGCCGCCGCCGAGCCCCGCCGCGCGCGCGCCGCGAUGCCGGCGAUCCGCGCGCAGAAGCUCAACGACGGCGUCGUCCCCGUCGCGGUGAACACCACCCACGGCCCGAUGGGACUCACCUCCGCCCUCCUCCUCGACCGCAUCAUCAUCAUCGGCGAUCGCAUCGACGAGGACGUCGCCACGCGCGUCUGCGCCGAGCUCCUCGCGCUGUCCUACGAGGAUCCGGACAAGGAUAUCCGCCUCUUCGUCAACGCCACCGCGGGGACGCAGUACUGCGUGCAGACCAUCCUGGACAUGAUGGAGUACAUCCAGUCCAAGGGCGUGGACAUCAGCGUGGUGGGCAUGGGAUGCGUGGCCGGCCCGCCCGCGAUGCUGCUCGCGGCGGGAACCAAGGGUAAGAGGCUCGCCAUGCCCUCCUGCAGGAUCAUCCUCUCCCAGCCCCUCGGAGGCCUCAGCGGGACGUCCUACGAGGUUAGGAUCCAGGCGAAGGAGCUGUCGAGAAACGCGCGAAUGCAGGUCGCCGUCUUUGCCAAGUUCACCGGAAAGUCGUUCGACGACAUGGGCGAGUACCUGGUGCGCGAUACGUACAUGUCACCGCAGGAGGCGAAAGAACUGAACCUGAUCGACGGCGUCAUCGGCGUGAACGAGGCCAAGAAGGCACGAUGAGGGUUGAAGAUGGGCGCGACUGGCGACGCUUAUUUAAUGAUAAUCACAAUCUAUGUUUUUC